AGAUAAAAAGGAGAGAUUUUUCAAUUUUUUUUUGCAGCUUUCAUUCUCAAUUCACCGCUCAUUUCUCGUGAAAAAGCCUUACGUGAGUGAAGAGAAGAACAGAAUUCCUCCACUCUUUUCAGACCCUUAAAUCUCUCUCUUUCUUCUCUGUCUAUAACCCAACUGUUACUGUACUAAGAAGAGAACUAAGAAAGACUAAGGCAAGGAACAUAGUACCGUGUACUUUCUUUUCUUUCUCCUCUCAACUUCACACUUGCCUUUCACUCACACAAGCCUUGAGUCAUUUUCUUGUUGUUUGGUUCUUUGAUAUGUAUUGAUAAAUAUGAGUGCAUUUAAAGCUCAUGUUUUAUAGUGCAUUCCUAAUUUUUUGUGCUUCUUUUGCUUGUUCUCUCUUGUUCUUUCCUCUUCCUUUGAUGUGGGUCUUUUUGUUUCUAAAUCACAUUUCUUUGAUCACUUCACACUUUGCAUUGCUUUGAUUCCAAAGAAAUCUCAAAUGGGGCUUUCUUGAAUUUUUAAAUUGUGUUUUGGGUUUGCAAUUCUUGGCCUUUUCUUGAUGAAACUCCUUUAAAUUUUAAUCUCUAAGUCUCCAUUGAAGUUUGAUUCUUUGAUCAAAAGAUCAAAACUUUAUUAUUGAUGAGAAGUGGGGUUUUAGGACAUGGUAAUGUUCUUGAGUCGGGGGUGACGAAAUCUUGAAUUCUUGCAUGAACAAGUGUUAGCCCAGGAAUAAAAGACCAACUCAAUAAUGACAUUUUUUUGCUUAGUGUGUCUUUUUCUUGUUGGGUUUUUAUCAAAGUCCCAGUUAGUGACUGCUCAGUUGGAUGAACAAGCUAUACUGUUAGCCAUUAAAGGAGAGCUUGGAGUCCCUGGGUGGGGUGCCAACAACACAAAUUACUGCAACUGGGCUGGCAUUAACUGUGGCUUGAAUCAUUCAAUGGUUGAAGGGCUUGAUCUUUCAAGGCUUGGCCUUAGAGGUAAUGUGACUCUGGUCUCCGAGCUCAAAGCAUUGAAGCAGCUUGAUCUUUCUAGCAAUAGUUUUCAUGGUGAAAUUCCUUCAGCUUUUGGGAAUUUGUCUCAGCUUGAAUUUCUUGAUUUGUCUUUGAAUAAGUUUGGAGGUGUGAUUCCUAUGGAGUUGGGUAGUCUUAGAAACCUCAAGUCAUUGAACCUUUCUAACAACAUGCUUGGAGGAUGGAUACCUGAUGAGUUUCAGGGUCUAGAAAAGUUGGAGGAUUUUCAAAUUUCUAGUAAUAAGCUGAAUGGUUCUAUACCAUCUUGGGUGGGUAAUUUGACAAACUUGAGGGUUUUUACCGCCUAUGAGAAUGAAUUAGGUGGUGAAAUUCCUGAUAAUCUAGGUUCAGUUUCUGAGUUGAGGGUGUUGAACCUUCAUUCGAACAUGCUCGAAGGGCCAAUACCAAAGAGCAUUUUCGCUAUGGGGAAGUUGGAAGUCUUGAUUCUUACUAUGAAUCGGUUCAACGGUGAACUUCCUGAAUCAGUUGGCAACUGCAGAGGCCUUUCUAAUAUCCGAAUCGGGAACAAUGAUCUCGUAGGAGUCAUCCCUAAGGCAAUUGGGAAUGUUAGCAGCCUCACAUAUUUCGAAGUGGCCAAUAACCACAUAUCUGGUGAGAUUGUGUCUGAGUUUGCUCGGUGCUCUAAUCUUACCCUCCUAAAUUUGGCCUCAAAUGGAUUUACUGGAGUUAUUCCUCCUGAACUUGGACAGCUUGUAAAUCUGCAGGAAUUGAUUCUUUCAGGCAAUAGUUUGUAUGGAGAUAUCCCGAAAUCAAUUCUUGGGUGGAAGAGUCUUAACAAGCUUGACCUUAGCAAUAAUAGAUUCAAUGGCACUGUCCCUAAUGAUAUUUGCAACAUGUCAAGAUUGCAGUUCUUGCUUCUGGGUCAGAAUUCAAUCAAAGGUGAGAUACCUCACGAGAUUGGAAAUUGCAUGAAGCUUCUCGAGUUGCAAAUGGGCAGCAACUACUUGACUGGAAGUAUCCCUCCGGAGAUUGGUCACAUCAGGAAUUUACAGAUAGCCUUGAAUUUGAGCUUCAAUCAUCUCCAUGGAGCACUGCCCCCUGAAUUAGGGAAGCUCGACAAGCUGGUUUCAUUGGAUGUCUCCAACAAUCAACUUUCGGGCACUAUCCCACCUUCAUUCAAGGGAAUGUUAAGUUUGAUAGAGGUUAAUUUCUCAAACAAUCUGUUCAGUGGCCCUGUGCCCACCUUUGUACCGUUUCAAAAGAGUCUAAAUUCAAGCUUUUUUGGGAACAAAGGUCUCUGUGGUGAGCCAUUGAGUUUGUCAUGUGGAAAUUCUUAUCCUUCUGGUCGGAAGAAUUACCAUCAUAAGGUCUCUUACAGGAUUAUACUAGCUGUUAUUGGUUCUGGUUUGGCGGUAUUUGUCUCAGUAACUAUAGUUGUUCUGCUGUUUAUGCUGAGGGAGAGUCAGGAAAAGGCAGCCAAAACUGCAGGAAUUGAUGAUGACAAAAUCAAUGACCAACCAGCAAUAAUAGCCGGAAAUGUCUUUGUUGAAAAUCUCAGGCAAGCAAUAGAUCUUGAUGCUGUUGUUAAAGCAACUUUGAAAGAUUCAAAUAAGAUCAGCAGUGGGACUUUCAGCGCGGUAUACAAGGCAGUUAUGCCUUCUGGGAUGGUAUUGAUGGCGAGGAGACUAAAAUCCAUGGACAGAACCAUUAUUCAUCACCAGAACAAGAUGAUAAGGGAGCUUGAAAGACUGAGCAAGCUCUGUCAUGAUAAUCUAGUGCGACCAGUUGGGUUUGUAAUUUACGAAGACAUCGUUCUUUUGCUUCAUAAUUACUUACCUAAUGGGACAUUAGCUCAGCUUCUUCAUGAAUCAAGCAAGAAAUCCGAGUACGAACCUGAUUGGCCUACAAGGUUAUCCAUUGCCAUAGGGGUGGCAGAAGGAUUGGCUUUUCUUCAUCACGUGGCCAUAAUACACCUUGACAUUUCUUCUUGUAAUGUUCUUUUAGAUGCUGACUUUAGGCCCUUGGUUGGGGAAGUGGAGAUAUCAAAGCUCUUGGAUCCAUCCAGAGGCACCGCAAGCAUCAGUGCAGUUGCAGGGUCUUUUGGUUAUAUUCCCCCAGAGUAUGCAUACACAAUGCAAGUUACCGCUCCAGGAAAUGUUUAUAGCUAUGGGGUCGUACUGCUUGAAAUCCUAACAACUCGGAUACCAGUUGACGAGGACUUUGGUGAAGGGGUAGAUUUGGUGAAGUGGGUUCAUGGUGCUCCAGCUAGGGGAGAGACUCCUGAGCAGAUUCUUGAUGCAAGACUCAGCACCGUUUCCUUUGGUUGGAGGAGAGAGAUGCUGGCAGCUCUUAAGGUAGCAUUACUCUGCACCGACAGCACACCAGCAAAGCGGCCAAAAAUGAAGAAGGUAGUUGAAAUGCUUCAAGAAAUAAAGCAAGGCUGAUGGAACUGCAUUCUGCGCUACCUAUUCAGCAAGACUGGUUAAUGGGCUGUCCACAACACAAGAAGCUUGUUUCUGAAAAUAUGAUUUCGUUUCUGAUAUGCCUGCCUGGAGGAGAAAGACUCAGAUUUGGAUUGUUUCAGUCCGAGCUUGGAUUCUGUCCAUUUGCUUUUUACCAAAUUCAGUUCCAAUAAUGGCAACUUGUAAACUAUAUGAGUAAGGGAAAAAAAAAAACAGUUGAAGGGUGUAUGAAAGAGGUUGCUUCAUUAAAAAGACCAGUCUUGAGUUUUUGUUGCAUAUUAAGCCUACAAUUGUAACAUUGAAGUUCUGGUCCUGAGAUGUUGGAAAUAUAUGUGAACUACAAUUUUUCUAAAGAAAUUCCAGCAGAGUUGCAGGUUUCCAAAUA